AUGGUGGAGAACUCAGCGCCGGACUCUGCCCGCGAGAUCGGCAACUUGAGGCGCUAUCUCAAGGGCGCCAAGACAACGACAGACGAAGAGCGAGCGUUUCCAGGCGUGACCAGCCUGAAAGCACUUGUGCAGAAGAUUCCGAAUGUCGAUAAACUCAAGAGCAUGGUUAAGGCAAAUCCCGCCCUAGCGAACGCCAAUGUGUUCGUGUCCAAGAAUCCGAGGCUCAAUGCUGCUCUACUCGUUGUGAAGGGACAAUUGAAGCCGCUAGCGAUUAUAGGCGCCUUAGCACUGACUGGCGGCUACAUUAUGUAUCUUAUCAAGAAAUAA